UGAGGUGAAGCAGUUGAGCGCUUAACUCUGGCAUGCAUCGACAUACAAUCAUUGCCUCUUUGUGACUCUCCGCGGCUGCGACAAGUGGUCAGCUGCACCUCUGAAGAAGCCUGUCCUGGGAACGUAUUCCUUCUGUUUCCUCCAAUUCACUUAUAUGCUGCAUUCUUUGUUCCUUGUGUGCCACGAAGCCUACGAGUCCUUGGCCGUUUAUCUUCUGCCAUUUGUCGUUGGUAAACGCCUUGGCUCUCCAAUCGCCUGCUAGCUCGGCCUGACAGGGCACAUAUAGAUAUAGACAACCGCAAGCCAAGCUCCUUCUUUGAACUCUCCUCUUCGGCCACAUCCUCUUCGGCCACAUCCUCCUCAGGACCUGUUCCUUUCUACUUCUUCUACUUCUCCGCCCACUCAUCCGUUCCCUGUCUAGCGCUCUCAACAUGGAUUUUGAUAAGCUCUCCAUCACUGAUCGCAAGAUCAUCGUGGGCAUUGAUUUUGGCACCACCUACUCUGGUGUCGCGUGGGCAGAGACCCAGCGGCCGGACAGGCGGACGGCAAUCACCACUUGGCCCAUCAACAAGACGACCCGCGAGGGUGAGUCUUCGGACAAGGUGCCUACCAAGCUUCGCUAUGCCAAAGACGAAGUUCAAUGGGGGUUUUCCAUCCCCAUUACCGCUCCUCAAGAAGAGGUUAUUGAGUGGUUCAAGCUCGACUUGGAUCCAUCCUUGAAAAAUAUUGGUCAGGCCGUGGCCAGUGAUGGUGCUCGCGGAGGCAGAGAUGCUGAUAAGCUUGUCACUGAUUAUCUGACUGCCCUUACCGAGCAUCUCCUUUAUACUCUGCGUGAGAAGCUUGGUGAGAGCGUCGUCAAAAGCACCCCUCUGGAAUUCAUCAUCACCGUACCAGCUAUUUGGAGCGAUCUCGCCAAGGACAAGACCAAGAGAGCCUGCCAAAGGGCCGUUCAGUCCCUGCCAUUGGCGCCUGGCUCGUCCAAAACUCUCAUCCAUCUCGUCUCCGAACCCGAAGCCGCAGCCAUCUAUGCCCUGCAUGGAUUGGACCCCCACGGCCUCAAGAUUGGCGACACCGUUGUCGUCGUCGAUGCAGGUGGCGGCACUGUCGAUCUCAUUUCCUACACCAUCACUGGCCUGAAGCCCAUUCUCCAGGUCCAAGAGGCUGCUCCUGGCUCUGGUGCCCUGUGUGGCUCAACCUUCCUCAACAUGCGCUUUGCCAAGUUUCUCAAGGCAAAGCUAGGCAAGGAAGAAGGCUUUGAUGAGGAGGUCCUCGCUGAGGCCAUGGAGGUAUUCGAAAAGAAAGUCAAGCGUCAGUUUACCCUUGCCGCUCAGCCCGAUGAGACAUAUACAAUCCCAGUCGGUGGCCUAUCCAACAACAAGGCCCUUGGAAUCACUCGUGGGCGAUAUUCUCUCAAGGCUUCUGAUUUGAAUACGAUAUUCGAACCCGUCGUCUUAGAAGUCAUCAAGCUUGUCAAGGACCAGAUCACCGUCAGCAACGUGCCAAUCCGCGCCGUGCUCCUGGUCGGCGGUUUCGGUGCCUCCAAUUAUCUCAAGGAGCGCCUCAGAAACGCAGUCGACAAGUCCAUCCAGAUCAUGCAGCCUCCAAAUGCCUGGCAAGCCGUCGUACAGGGCGCCGUCAUGAAGGGACUUGCCAACAGCGCACCCGAUACUCUCACCAUGGUCAAGGUGCAGAACCGCAAGGCAAGGAAGCACUACGGUACGGAGUGGCGGACCAAAUACGACGAACGUGUUCAUGGCCAUAUUUCAGACAAGAAGAGCUGGAGCGGCAUGGAAGGCUAUUACAAGGUAAAUGCCAUGGAGUGGUUCAUUCGCAAGGGCGAUGCCGUCUCCGAGAACGAGCCUUACAUCACGUCCUUUGUCUGGACAGGCCUUGUGGCACACGGCCGUAUCCGUAAGAUGCGCAUGACCAUCUACUGCGACCAGUCGUCCGAAGAAGCCCCCAUUGAUAGGAACGCCAAUGUGCAAGUCCUGGCCCACGUUGAGGCCGACGUCAGCCACAUUCCCGAGCAUCUGCUCAACCGUCGCCAGGGCAAAGACGGGCAGAUGUACUAUGAACUCAGCUGCAAGAUCGAGGCUGUCUAUCUCUCCGCCUCGACUACGUAUACGCUCUUAUACAACAAUCAGCGGUACGAUACGGUCACUUGCGAAUACGUCUAAGUGGCCUAGAUGAGGCUGUUUUCUUCUUGUUGUUCUUUUGCUUUCUCUUACGUGCUAUUUAUUUGGUGUAAAAGGUCGAUUUGGGAUGAUAUUAGCGAAUCAUCUGUAUAUAGAAUUACCCUAGGUAGGCAGGAUUAAGGUUCACGGUCGCAACGCACUCUAGCAGAUAUCAAAUCGAAUCUGAUACAAAGGAUGAAAUUAUAUUUUAAUACACGCGAAGUGUCUACACUUUUUUCGCGGAAAACAUUUAU